AUGAUUAGGGAUUUAGAUUUAAAGGAAGCUCUUCACAAAACUGUUGACGUUUUAUCUGGUGGUGAAUUACAACGUUUUGCUAUUGCUGUCGCUGGUGUUCAAAAUGCCGAUGUUUAUAUGUUUGAUGAACCAUCAUCCUAUCUCGAUGUCAAACAACGUUUAAAGGCUGCUCAAGUUAUCAGAUCCUUAAUUGAAGCUCAAAAAUAUAUUAUCGUAGUAGAACACGAUCUUUCAGUCUUAGAUUAUCUCUCUGAUUUCAUUUGUUGUCUUUAUGGUGCCCCAGGUGCUUAUGGUGUUGUCACUCUUCCAUUCUCUGUUAGAGAAGGUAUCAAUAUUUUCUUAGCUGGUUACAUCCCAACUGAAAAUAUGAGAUUCCGUAAAGAAGCCUUAACCUUCAAAUUCUCUGAAACUGCCGAAAACGAAGAAAUCAAGAAACAUUGCAACUACAAAUAUCCAACUAUGACUAAAACUCAAGGUACUUUCUCAUUAGAAAUUAAAGCUGGUGAGUUUACAGAUUCUGAAAUUAUUGUUAUGUUAGGUCAAAAUGGUACUGGUAAAACUACAUUCAUCAAGAUGUUAGCUGGUCAAAUGCCAGCUGAUGAUGGUGCACAAGUCCCAGAAUUAAACGUCAGUUACAAACCACAAAAGAUUCAACCAAAAUUCCCAGGUACUGUUAGAGAACUCAUCCACAAACGUAUCAGAGAUACUUUCCUUCAUCCACAAUUCACUUCAGAUGUUGUUAAACCAUUAAACAUUGAAAAUAUUAUCGAUCAAGAAGUUCUCAAUCUUUCUGGUGGUGAAUUACAACGUGUUGCUAUCGUUUUAUGUUUAGGUCAACCAGCUGAUAUCUAUCUUAUCGAUGAACCAUCAGCUUAUUUAGAUUCCGAACAACGUAUUGUUGUCAGUAAAGUCAUCAAGAGAUUCAUUCUUCACGCUGGUAAAUCUGGUUUUAUUGUAGAGCACGAUUUUAUUAUGGCCACUUAUUUAGCCGAUCGUGUUAUUGUCUAUGAUGGUAUUCCAGGUGUUAAAUGUGUUGCUAAUGCCCCACAAUCACUUUUAUCUGGUAUGAACACUUUCCUUAAAGCACUCGAAAUCACUUUCCGUCGUGAUCCAACUAAUUACCGUCCACGUAUUAAUAAAUUAAAUUCAAUUAAAGAUAUGGAACAAAAGAAUGCUGGUAAUUAUUUCUUCUUAGAUGAUCAAUCAACUGAUUAAACUAAAAAUAAAUAAUAAAAACAAUAAAAUAAAAACAUAUAUUUAAUAAC